UACUCUGUCUUGGCAUGAUUUCAACAACACGGUCGGGAACCCCUAAAAUAAAUCUUUAAGGGUUCCAUUUGACCUGACCGUGAAUAAAAAAACAAAGGAUACAAAAUGGGGCGAGGGGGGUUAUAUUCGCUCUCGCUCAUCUUUGUUUUGGUUCUUCCAUUCGCCUCGGCUAAUAUCAGUCAUUAUGAUGAUUAUUGGUCUAAGAAAGCUGCAGAAGCCUGGAAUCGCACCUUGGCAACUUAUGAGCCAAUGCCGGCUAAAGUUGUCAGUCAUUUCAAUGAACACACCCAUAGGACUCUUAAUGAGCUCGAGGGCUCGAACAACACAAGGAGGGAGUUGUCACACAGGGUUUACACCGGGCCAUGCAUGGCGACAAACCCCAUCGACCGAUGCUGGCGUUGUGACCCGAACUGGGCCAACAACCGGUUCCGCCUGGCCGACUGCGCCCUAGGUUUCGGGCGCAAGGCCAAGGGUGGAAAAGGCGGGAAGAUCUACGUGGUCACCGACUCCUCCGACAACGACAUGGUCAACCCCAAGCCGGGCACCCUCCGCCACGCGGUGAUCCAGAAGGAGCCCCUCUGGAUCAUCUUCGAGCGGAGCAUGGUGAUCCGGCUCAACCAGGAGCUGAUCAUGACGAGCCACAAGACCAUCGAUGGCCGUGGCGCGUCCGUCUACAUCGCCAACGGCGCCGGCAUCACCAUCCAGUUCGUCCACAACGUCAUCAUCCACGGCCUCAAGAUGCACCGGAUCGUCCCCGGGACCGGAGGCGAGAUCCGCGACUCCGUCGACCACUACGGGUUCCGCACCCGCAGCGACGGGGACGGGAUCUCCGUCUUCGGCUCCACCGACAUCUGGAUCGACCACAUGUCAAUGACACGUGCCAGCGACGGAUUGAUCGACGUCAUCUGGGGAUCCACAGGUAUCACUAUUUCCAACGGCCACUUCACCGAUCACGACGAGGCGAUGCUCUUCGGCGCCAACGACGCACACUACAUCGACAAGAAGAUGCAAAUCACGGUGGCGUUCAACCACUUCGGGAAGAGGAUGGUGCAGAGGAUGCCGAGGUGCCGGUUCGGGUACUUCCACGUGGUGAACAACGACUACACGCAUUGGAACAUGUACGCGAUCGGAGGGAGCAUGAACCCGACCAUCAUAAGCCAGGGGAACAGGUACAUUGCGCCGCCGUUGAACGGGUACGCGAAGGAGGUGACGAAGAGGGAGUACACGCCUGAGUCGACGUGGAAGUCAUGGACGUGGAGGUCGCAGGGAGAUAUUUUCUUGAGGGGGGCUUUCUUCAUUGAGUCCGGGGAUAAGAAUUUUGUGGGGAAGCAUCCGGAGCUUUACGACCAUGUGGAGGCGGCGUCAGGGGAGAAGGUGGCGGAGAUGACUAGGUUUGCGGGGGCACUUGGGUGUAGAGUGGGGAAAGCUUGCUAGAGAGGUGUAACCUUUGUUUUUUAGUUGCUUCAUGAUUUGUUUAUUCAUUGAAUGUUUGUUUACAUUGUUGAAUGUACAUUUAUGGGACUGAAGAAUGGUGAUGAUGAGUUAAAACGAGUGAGUUUUUUUCCAUCA